UUCGACACCAGAAGGCAAGGAAAACGCAUAAAAAUGUCCAUAUUCUUUCUAUAUGUCUGCACGCUUAUGUAUGUCAGUUUAUACGCCCGGGCCGCCACAGUGGUAUAUCAUCAGCCAGUUGUCGUACAUCAUCAUCCUUUGGACUUAUCCACUGAAGUUGAAGAGCAUACCUCACAUGAGCCACAUGAUGAGCAUCCUGGCUAUACAAUUGUCGCCCCACUUACCAAAAUAGCCCAUGUCACUUACGAUUCUGUCCCCAUUUCUCAUACGCCAUUCGAGCAUGUUCCGCUUUUCCAACGUAUUGGACAUGUGAAAACUAUUCGCUUCUAGAAUGGAUUACCAACAAAAAAUAAACUCUUUUGGUACAGCAAUUUAAUUGACAAUUUAAUAUUCUAUCGCGAUACAUAGAUGCCAUUUAUGCAAAUGAAGCUACCUCGACCACCUUUCAAGCACAACAGCCGCUCGCAAGAAAAUAAGUUUCGUUCAAAUUACGGGAUCGAAAGAGGGCGUGGCAAAAACAAAUUUGCCUGCAUAAUUAAGAAGUCUACACAUACACAGACAUGGCUAGAUCGACUAGGCAGUUAUUACAUAUAAUAUUUUGUGACAUUUUGUGACAUAAAAUCAUUACCAUUAGUUUUUUGUCCCUAUAUGACAAAGUCAAUGAGUCACGUGACAUUUGACUUACACCUCUUCCCUUGUGACAUUUUGUGGCAAUUUUAAUGUUGAUGCUCGGCCACUUACCUGUUCUUCUUAUUGUUCGAAGAUGUACGAAUAUGGCACAAGUCCAAAUUCAAACAGUAGAACAGGAGCAGGUACCGAAGCAGAAGCACAAUAUAACUUCAAAACAAUUGAAAGACUCUCUACUAAGCAAUAGUGACGCCUGCUGUUGCUUUUACUGAGCAAUCAAUGGGCCACAUCUUACGUAGGAAUUCAUCAACGACUCUUUACCUUUCAAAAUUUCUCGCGAUUCCGAGACUAUUAAACGGUAGUUCAGUCCGUUUUGAGAUAGCACAGUUGUUAAAACAAAACGAG